AUGACCCGUGCAUGCCGCGCACCCCUGUCACAACAGAUCAGACAGUUUACUCUAGUCAAGUUUGAAGUCUACCACUUGGGAAGCGGGGCACGUGGCUACAACGGGAGUCCUUCCAAACAACAUCAGUGCAUGACGCGGGGAAGCUCUGAUUUACAGCCCGAAGCCGUCUCCCAAGCCUUUACAAGGAAGAGAUCCCCCCUCGAGCUGGAUCCAGAAGCCGACGCCCUGCUCAUUUGCAGUGUCCUAACUUGCAACAAGUUCAUGUAG